AUGUAUUAGAAUGACAUUUAGAUAAGAUUAUCAGAAGAACAAAAACAAAAGUUGCAUGAAUUGCAAUUAAUUUAGUAAAGAGAGCUUUAUGAUAUGAUAAGACGUCAUCAGUAGGAAUAGUUAUAAAUAUUUGAGUAAUUGAAAGAAUAAGAAUAAAUCUAACACAAUUUAUCAAGAAGCUUAUUUUCCAAAGAGAUAAAAUAAUCAAAUCUCAAUUACAAACCUUAUACUUUAAGUCAAUAUAAAUUGCUGAAAUUAUAACCAAUACUCAAGAAUCCUGGUCAGGGAUUAGGUCCAACAUUAUCAAUUGAAAAAUGGGAGUAAUCAAAAGAUAAAAUGGAUAGGAUGCUUGAAUUUGCAGAACAUGUAAAAUAUUAAAAGAUAUAAUUAGGUAAAAUUGGAACAUCGACAUUUUAAGAGAAGAAUACCGAAAAGUUAACCAAAAUAAGUGACAGCUAGGUAAAGAGGGUUGGAAUUUGCAAGGUAAGUUCUAAAACCUAUUUUGAUCCAUUAACCAUAGAAAUUAAGUAGAUUAAAUAAUGGCUAAGAGAAUAAUGAAUUAUUAGAAUAUGAAUUAAGAAAUUAAAUACUUAAAUAAUAAAUAGAAAAAAUGAAGUGA